AUGUAUUUUCUUCGUCAACAACAUCGUGUCAAACCAUUUGCUACCAUCAACAUUAGUCGUAACUUACGUGUCUUACAUAAUAUUAUGAUCAAUGUCGUUAUUAUGUCUGUGGCUGGAGCACCAUCAUUCGUUAUUACUGUUUGUAUUUUAGCUGGACAAAUAACAGAUGAGACUGUCAUUUAUUGUAAUCUAUUUACUUUAUUUGGAGUUGUACUAAUCACAGUGACAUCAUUUUCCCUAACGAAAAAUGCAAAAAAAACAUUUGUUAAUCUUAUUCAAUGUCUUAAAUAA